AUGGCGAGCGCGGCGCGGCGGCCGCGGGGCCCGGUCGGGCUGUGCGGGGCCCUCAUGGGCCCGCUCGGGAUCUGCUCGGCCCUCAUGGGCCCAUUCGGGCUGUGUUCGGCCCUCAUGGGCCCGCUCGGGAUCUGCUCGGCCCUCAUGGGCCCGUUCGGGAUCUGCGGGACCCUCCUGGGCCCGCUCGGGCUGUGCUCGGCCCUCCUGGGCCCCGCCGCCGCCACCACCACCAACAUCGUCCUCCUCCUCAUGGACGACAUGGGCUGGGGGGAUUUGGGAGCUUUUGGAGAGCCUUCCAAGGAAACCCCUAACCUAGACCAGAUGGCUGCAGAAGGGAUGCUUUUCCUGGAUUUUUAUACUGCCAGCCCCCUCUGCUCUCCCUCGAGGGCAGCACUGCUGACGGGCCGGCUCCCGGUCAGGAAUGGCUUUUACACCACAAAUGGACACGCCAGGAAUGCAUACACACCACAGGAUAUAGUAGGAGGGAUCCCAGAUUCUGAAUUACUGCUUCCAGAGCUCCUGAAGAAGGCUGGCUACACCAAUAAAAUCAUUGGCAAAUGGCACUUGGGGCACCGGGCCCAGUUCCACCCCCUGAAGCACGGCUUUGAUGAGUGGUUUGGGUCCCCAAACUGCCACUUCGGGCCCUACAACAGCACAGAGCGCCCCAACAUCCCCGUCUACAGGGACUGGGAGAUGGUUGGCAGAUACUAUGAAGACUUCAAAAUUGAUCUGAAGACAGGUGAAGCCAACUUGACUCAGCUCUACCUGCAGGAAGCUCUGGAUUUUAUUAGCAAGCAGCAGGCCAGCCAGCAGCCAUUCUUUUUAUACUGGGCAAUUGAUGCUACCCACGCUCCUGUUUAUGCCUCCAAACAGUUCCUGGGCACGAGUCAGAGAGGGCUGUAUGGGGAUGCUGUGCGGGAGAUCGAUGACAGCGUUGGGAAAAUCCUGAAGCACCUCCAGCAGCUGGGCAUCAGUGAGAGCACAUUUGUGUUUUUCACCUCUGAUAACGGAGCUGCUCUCAUUUCAGCUCCCAAACAAGGAGGAAGCAAUGGGCCUUUCCUGUGUGGCAAACAAACCACCUUCGAGGGUGGCAUGAGGGAGCCGGCCAUCGCCUGGUGGCCCGGCCACAUCCCUGCAGGAGGGGUCAGCCAUCAGCUGGGCAGCGUGAUGGAUCUGUUCAGCACCAGCCUCUCCCUGGCGGGUCUGCAGCCUCCCAGUGACAGACAGAUUGAUGGCAUCGACCUUUUACCUGUCAUCCUGCAGGGCAAGCUAAUUGACAGGCCCAUUUUCUAUUAUCGUGGCAACGAGCUGAUGGCAGUGAGAGCUGGGCUUUACAAAGCUCACUACUGGACCUGGAGCAACUCCUGGGAGGAGCACAGCAAGACUGUAGUGCUUCAGGAGUCAAAGCCUGUUUUACAGGGAGCAAGCAGGAAAGGAAAGUUGGCUCUAGAAAUGUUUUUUAUGCUCUGUCUCAGUGCUAAUUCCACGCAGAUAAAAUGAGAUCAUUUAUUUGUCUUGUGUGUGAGUAAAACCUGUUUAUUACCCAUGGAGGCUUUUCCCUGGGUGGGAGGAACUGGGAGCUCCUCUCUGUCUGUGUGUUUGGGUGUAGGGGUGGAAAUUCCCACAGGAAUUCUUGCUCUCCGUGGUGAUAAAAGCACAUACCCACACUUCCAGUUGGCAAAUAAAUAAACCCCUGCAUGGAACUCAACUCAUUCCUACAUGUCUGAGUGUGGAACAGUGAUAAUGGGGACCAGCUACUCCUCCAGAGGCUCUCCCACUGUGAGCAGUGGCAGUGCUGCAAUUAAGGAAUAUUUAUUUCUUUCCAAGUCUUUGUUUAACUGCUGUCUGAUAAAAGUCAGCAAUUAUCCUGUACAUCAGAGAGACGAUUACAAAUCCACUCUCCUUCCUGCAGCUUGGAUCACAUGAGCUCGAUGUGGGGAAAAUUGGAGCACAUUAGUGGCCAGAGCAGCCAUUAACAGCACAGCAGAGGAAGCUGAGGCUGAGAUUUGUUCCAAUUCUCCUCAUGUCUUCGAGCCAUUAAUUACAAACCUCGCAAGUUUAAAAAUAGAAAUAAAUCAGAAUGCAGAGCAGCUCCACAGCUCCCAGCCCUGCUGGAGGAGUUUCUAAGCUCACCUUACAACACAGUUCCCUCUUUCAGUGACUGGGCUUCCCAGCUGUGUUGAUAUUGGACUCUGGAAUCAAAAAGGCCACUUUGUUUGCUAAUUCCAUUUGAAAAACAACUAUAAAUCCAUGCACAUCUGUGGCAUUUGGAAUUCUGACUGUUGGCUGCUUGUUCAAUAAGGUUGACUUGCCAUCCCAGUAGAACUCCAGCUAAUGAGGAUUUGUUAAUUGUAUGAUCUUCAGAGAUCUUUCCUCAUUGUGAAUCCAGUGAGACUUCCAGAUAUGAAACUCCCUGUGUGAAGGUCCCCACUCAGACCUGGAAUAUGUGGUUUUCCUGUCAUCCAUUGGAAAGAGAGCAGAAGUUGGCCAGAUGUGGCAAAACAUCUGCCUGCACAUUUUGGAGAGGUUUGUUUUAUGGGUAGGGGAAUAUUUCAUGGUUUUUACAGACAGGGUUUAGCCAGCCCUCAUUUCACUUUUAGAAUUCCCUUGAUAAUUGACUGUGUGGAAAAGCACUGAUACAGUAAACUUGCCCUGGGUUUAAUCCACAUUUUUGUUCGACUUUCAGACGGGAUUAUCUGAUUAAAGCAGCCAGAACCCCAUUUUCAUGCUGAUACUGGGAAAUGGGGAGCUGGUGCCUGUCCUGGGCCUGUUUGGGGUGACCAGGAUGGUGAGGGAGGAUGUGGCCCCUCACCUGCAAAGCUGUGUUUGGCUGGGGUGUGAGUUGGUUCAGCAAUAAAGGAUGUACACACAAAUAAAAAUGUACCAGGGAGGCACAGCCUGCAGAAAGCAGAGCCUAGCAAAGCAGAACAGGGCUCUGAAGGCUCCUCUCCAUCUGGCACUCGGAAUAUUGACUCUGGAAACAUCCCGUGCAAGCAGCACACAGCUCUGCUGUCAUCCUCCAGUCCCAUGGCAGCAACUGGUCUGCAUCCUCUGCCUUAUGGCCUGGGAUUAGGGCUUGUCAUCUGACACACAGAUGAAUUGUGCUCUUCUGUUCUUCCCAGCUUUUGUUUGUUUAUUUUUUAACCCCCAAGCAAUUUUUUUUUUUUCUAGUCUGACUCCUGUCAGGAAGUCUUGUAGUCUCUCUCAGUGCUGGAGGAUACCUCGAUGCUGCCUUUGCUGCUGGAUUAACUGGAUUUCUUGAUUCUUGAGGGGGUGGUCUCGUGAAGGCAUAAAGGAGGGGCUCACUCCACAGAAUGGAGUGGGAGUAAGCAUUUUGUGGGACAUUUUCCCUGAGGAUUGCACAGGAUGCUUAUUUGGAGCCGUUUACCUGCCUUCCAUCUAUAUAGGUGGCUCAUGUUUACAUAAUUUGACAUCUCUGACAUUCAAGAGGUGAUAAAUGGGACAGAGGGAGAUGAAAGGAAGCCUGACUUGAAAAAUGUGUAUUUUUAAACAGUUUGAUAAAGGCAGGAAAAUCUCCUCCUGCACACGGGCUGAGUCCCUGCUGCUCCAGGACUGGUGGAUCUCAAGCUUUUCCAUUGCUGUUCACCUUUUUUUUUUUUUUUUCUUGUAGCAAAAAUCAGCAGUGAUAAAAAUUGCCACGUGUGCAGGAGCAAAGGGAGAACUGAGGAUAAACCUGGGGAGAUCCCUCUUGGACAGUGAAAUGACUUUUACUGGCAGUCACCUGUCAAAUGCUGGGGUUUUUUGAAAGGGUAAAAAAUGAAUGUUUUCUAUAAAUUUACCAGAGUAGGCAGCAAGUCCUCAGGAAUUUCCUAAUUUAGUGGUGCAUAGAGGAGGCAGGAAUGGGAGGUAGCAGGAGAAAGGAAAUUUCCUUUUCUCUGCCUCCCACCAAAAGCAUCCAGCACAAAACAGCCCUUGUACCUCCCAAGAGCACUGAUGCAAGAA